CUUGUCAGCUGCUGCACUGAAGAAAUCAUGGGGUUGUCAUCGCGUAUUGCAACAUUCGUCCUCGGCCUAGCUGUACUGCUAGCCUGGUUGACCGACCGACACAGCCUCUUCUUGCUGACGCUGAAGAACCACCCCAGCCGUCUCCCCCAGAUCAACGCAUUUGCCGACCACAAGAUUGUACUGGCGGACCAGAUCCGCAACUGCGAAGAUGUGCACCUGGACGAGCAGCGCGGCUUCGCCAUCCUAAGCUGCGAUCCCGGCCGCGACACCUGGAACACCGUCAUGGGAACCUUCAUUAACGCCACCAACCCGGGAACUCUCUACCUCUACAACUACGCCUCGACCACCACCCCCGACGAAGCCAACCUCCACCCAUUGCCACUGCACAACUUCCCCGCCGCGCAACGCCAGACCUUCCACCCGCUGGGCAUAGCCUACCAUCCCAGCACAGGCCAUCUCUUCGUCGCCAACCACGCGCCCACCGGCCCCACCGUGGAGGUCUUCACCUUGGAUUACACCAACCCUCAGAACCCCUUCCUCGACCACCACAAGACGAUCACGCACCCGCUGCUCCACGGGCCCAACGCCCUCCUCGCCGUUUCCCCACACGAACUCUACAUCACCAACGACCACCGCUUCAUCAGGCGCGCCCACCCGUUCCUCGCCGCCCUGGAGACCUACAUUGCCUACCCCGGCGGCACCGUCGUCCACGCCGAUCUGCACUCGGACCGCUACAAGGUGGUCGCCCACCUCCCGUUCGCGAACGGCGUCACCGCCCUCAACAGCACCCACCUCGCUGUUGCGUCGACCACCACCCCGUCCGUCACCGUCUACCGCAUUGACCCCACCACGAAAGACCUGCAGGCGACGCUGUCCCUCCGUGUGAAGUUCCUGGUGGAUAAUUUGAGUACGGAUGCGAACGGCAAGCUGGUCAUGGCGGGCCAUCCGCAUAUCCCGGCGCUGGGGAAGGUGGCGAGCACGAACUGGGAGGUUGAUUAUGGGGGCUCGGGGGCCGGGAAGCCCAUUGGGGAGCGGCCGCGGGCGCCGAGCUGGGUGGCGGAGUGGGAUGGGAAUGCUGAGGGAAAGGUGGUGGAUCUGUAUGUCGGAGAGGAGUUUGGAUCGAGUUCGACCGCCGUCAGGGAUGUAGGGAGAGGGGUAGGGAUCGUGAGUGGGUUGUAUGAGAGGGGGGUUCUGGUUUGGAGGGAGUGAUUGACUUGACGUUGUGGGGGGAUUUUAGUUGAGCGGAGGAUCAUGGUUAUAGGGUGGAGGGUGUGCUCCAUGGAACUGAUGAUUGAUGCUUCACAGGGUACUAGUUCUGUUUAAUCGACUGAUUUCCACAACAAGGGGAUUGCGAUAGGGUUUGAAGUAUCCUGGCUGAUGGCUGCUUCGAUUGAUCUUUCUAGCCACUUAAGUGUCAAGAAUUCUACUCCCAGUAACCAGCAAAGUUUAGUAUAAAUACUGUAGAAUGAUGUAU